CUCGAGUCCCACAAAAGAGACCAAUUUGGCGUAUAGAUGAGUGACGCGGCAACAGCUGAGACUCCCGUGACCCUAGUCGUGAAGAGCGUCUACGAGCGCAACCUGUCCUUAGAGCUCAAGAUGGAAGGAAGCAGUACCAUCUUGCAAGUCAAAGAGCGCAUCCAGCAGGAAUUGCCGUCCGCAGCUCUGCCGAAACACCAACGGUUGAUCUUUGGAGGCAAAAUAUGUGACGACGGUCAGAGUUUGGCUCAAGUCCUCAAGAGGAUGGAUCCGAACGAAACGUACACGUUUCACUUGUUGGUGAGUCAACCCAACAAACCGACAACGACACCUGCUGCCCAGCCAGCUACCGCACCUCCAACACAGGCGCCAGUUGCCCCUCCUCCAGUAGCUACACCUUCUACGCAGUAUGGUCCGACUGUGUUUGUUCCGGCAUCUCCCCAUACAAACCAGCCACACGAUCCGAUAACUCCAGCUCCGACUGCGACUCCUCCACAUGCCGCUGGAUCCUACUCAACUCCUCAAGUUUCGCCUUUGCAGACCAUGCAUUUGCAGCAUUACUUGGCGCAACAAGAGCUCAUGUUGUCUAUGCAAAUCCAGUACCUGCGCCACAUUCAGCAGUUCCAGCAUAUGCACGGCAUUCACUUCAAUCCCGACAUACCCAGCACAUACAGCGUAACCCCCCCACCUCCCGCACAAUUCCCAACUUUCCACUUUGCUGCGUUGAGGGUUCCAACUGUUGCCGCCACCAACGGUGGCGCAGAUGUCCAUGCCGCACCUGCCGCACCUCGAUUCCAAGCGCUUCGUGCUGUAUUGAGCCUCUUGGACAUCACCCUUGCACUGAAAAUGUGUGUGAUGGUGUACAUCAUCGGCCAAGACUUGCCGCCUCCGCGAUCGUAUGUGCUUCUCGGUCUCGCCGUUGUCAUGUACCUGUUCAUGACUGGAAUUCUGCUCAAAAUCUACGACAUCCUCAAAGGGAACCCCCACAUUGAUCGCGCACCACCAGCCGGGGAUGGUGAGAACAACGGAGACCUGUUUAAUCAGCUGAACGAGGCCGCCGCCAAUGCCCCCCCCGGCCGUCCCAUCGUGACAAUCGCUACUGACGGCGGCGUGCUACGUGACAUCCAGUCGUUUGCAGUCGGCCUUGUCCUUAGUUUGUUUCCAUCCUGGCGUCCCUUGCCGUCAGCUCCUACGAACGUCCCCAACAACGCGGCGGCGGCGGAUUUCCCUGUUGCCGUGGAUGCCCAAGGUUAAUUUAUGUAGAGAAUGCUUGCGUAUUUUAGAAUUCCGUGUAGUAAAAAACUCGGGUAGUUCUCAAGAUCGUACAACGAGUGGAAAUAUUUUUCACGAUCGUCCAAGUUGGCCGUUCGUGAGGUAUUUUUAUUCCAAAUCAUACAUCGCAG